GCGACGAGCCGGGCUCAACAGCCGGGGUACGAUCUUCACGAAAUCCAGCCAAUUUGUCUGUUUUGCGGAUGACAUGGAUAUUAUUGCUAGAACAUUUGGAACGGUGGCAGAACAGUACACCCGCCUGAAACGUGAAGCAGCAAAGGUCGGACUGGUGGUGAAUGCGGCUAAGACAAAGUACAUGCUGGUAGGUGGGACUGAGCGAGACAGGACAAGCCUUGGCAGCAAUGUUACGAUAGACGGGGAUACUUUCGAGGUGGUAGAAGAAUUCGUCUACCUCGGUUCCUUGCUAACGGCUGACAAUAACGUGAGCCGUGAAAUACGAAGGCGCAUCAUCAGUGGAAGUCGUGCCUACUAUGGGCUCCAGAAGAAACUGCGGUCAAAAAAGAUUCACCCCCGCACCAAAUGUACCAUGUACAUGACGUUAAUAAGACCGGUGGUUCUCUACGGACACGAGACAUGGACGAUGCUCGAGGAGGACAUGCAAGCACUCGGAGUUUUCGAGCGACGGGUGCUAAGGACGAUCUUCGGCGGCGUGCAGGAGAACGGUGUGUGGCGGAGAAGGAUGAACCACGAGCUCGCUGCACUUUACGGCGAACCCAGCAUCCAGAAAGUGGCCAAAGCCGGAAGGAUACGAUGGGCAGGGCAUGUUGCAAGAAUGCCGGACAACAACCCUGCAAAGUUGGUGUUUGCUAACCAUCCGGUUGGUACAAGAAGGCGUGGAGCGCAGAGAGCACGAUGGGCGGACCAGGUGGAGCGUGAUCUGGCGAGUGUUGGGCGUGACCGACGUUGGAGAGCUGCAGCUGCAAAUCGAGUAUUAUGGCGGCAAAUUGUUGAUUCAGUACUAUCAUGAAUUUGAUGUUAACUAAAUA